AUUCGAAGAUUAAAAGCAUAGGAAAGAGGAAGAGAAGGACCUUAUCUCUCUCUUGCAAAAGGACAUUUAACAAUAAAGGCAAAAACCAAGAAAGAAAGAAAGGAAAGAACAGAAAGAGGAAAGUACUCAUACCCAAAAAAUCGCCCACCUUACUCCAUUUUCAACCCCAACCAACAUCAAAUCACCUAAGUUGCUACAGAUAAAAGUACCUUAAAAAGAGUUACCAAAAAAAGCUGUCUUUUUUUCAAUCAUUUGGAGUUUCAGUUUUUUGUGUGAGCUUUUGAUUUGGUAGAUUUAAUUUAUGGACAGUGUUAUUAAGCUCAAGUGUUACGGUGAGUUUGGGAAUUGUUGUUGCUGCUGUGGCCGUACCUGACGACUGUGGCGUCGAUUUGAAUUUAUUUAUCUUUCUUGGUAAUUUAAGCACAAUGAAUCACUCUGUUCCUGAUUUUGAUAUGGAUGAUGACUACUCUAUUCCUACUUCUUCUGGUCUUACCAGACCUAAGAAAUCUGCAAUGGCGGAAGAGGAAAUCAUGGAACUACUAUGGCAAAACGGUCAAGUAGUUAUGCAGAGUCAAAAUCAAAGAUCUCUGAAGAAAAGUACUCACAUAGGCAACCGUGUUGGAGGUGGUGCUGGUGGUGAUGCGGUUAUUCCUUCCGAUGGAAGAGAGAUCCGACAUGUAGAGGAAACUACUACUACUCCAGUACAACAUUUAUUUAUGCAGGAAGAUGAGAUGGCUUCAUGGCUACACUAUGAUGAUUCUUCCUUUGAACGUGAUCUCUACGCUGAUCUCCUUUAUUCUACCCCGAGUUCCACUGUAACCGCUGCUGCACCGCCGCAGCAGCAGAUCCAUCCUCCUCCUCCUCCACCGCCAGCAGCACCGAUCGCAACGGCUGCUCCUCGGCCGCCUAUACCUCCUUCUAGAAGGUUCCAGAACUUUGGACACUUCUCGAGAUUGCCUAGAACAAGGUUAGAACCUGCAAAUUCUAGCAAAAGAGAUGCAACGGUUGUGGAUUCAAAUGAAACUCCGAUUACAGUAGGGCAGGAAUCUAGAGUUUCACAUAUAGCCGAUAAUGUAGUACCAGCUCCCGCCGGAAAUGUAACUGCGACUACAUCAACUGCAAUUAGCGAACCCGUGCCGACAUGUGAGGUUUCGGUGACGUCAUCACCAGGUGGCUCGGGAAAUAGUGUAAGUGGAAGUGCUGAACCACCACCGCCACCAGCGCCGCCGCAUAAGGAGGCAGAUAUGGCGGCGGCAGGGGAUGAUCGGAAACGUAAAGGAAGAGAAACGGAUGACGGGGAAGGAGGUCAGAAUGAGGAUGCUGAAUUUGAGUCUCCUGAUACAAAAAAGCAAGCACGUGGUUCAACAUCUACAAAGCGAUCUCGUGCUGCAGAGGUCCAUAAUCUUUCAGAAAGGAGACGUAGAGACAGAAUAAAUGAGAAGAUGAGGGCUCUGCAGGAACUCAUACCACGCUGUAACAAGACAGACAAAGCUUCAAUGCUAGAUGAGGCAAUUGAGUAUUUGAAAUCCCUGCAAUUGCAAGUACAGAUGAUGUCCAUGGGGUGCGGCAUGGUCCCAAUGAUGUAUCCUGGAAUGCAGCAGUACAUGCCGCCUAUGGGAAUGGGCAUGGGUAUGGGGAUGGGUAUGGAGAUGGGCAUGAACAGGCCAAUGGUGCCAUAUUCACCUCUAUUACCAGGUGCAGCGAUGCAGAAUGCAGCUGCAGCAGCACAAAUAGGUCCUAGAUUUGCUAUGCCGCCAUUUCAUUUGCCACCAGUUCCAGUACCAGAUCCAUCAAGAAUGCAAGCUUCAAGUCAGCCAGAUCCAAUGCUAAAUCCACUUGUCGCACAUAAUCCGAACCAGCCUAGACUUCCGAAUUUUAAUGAUCCAUAUCAGCAGUUUUUUGGUCUCCACCAGGCGCAAGUCGCAUUACAGCAGAAUCAGGCAGUAGAACAGCCCAGUAACAAUAAAUCUGGCAGCAGCAAAGAAGUUGGAAACUCAGGGAAUCAUCAAUCUGGUUGAUUACCUGGAGGCCGGAACGUUAGUAGCUCCCCAGAAACUAAAUUUUGUAGUGUAAGAGGAACAUCAAGUGCAGUCUAAACCGGCUGGCUGAUACAAAUACAGCACCACUAACUUGUAAUUAUUACUAUAGAGUCCAAUUUUGCUUUUUACAUAUUGUGGGCCUGAAAUCUCAUUUCCAUUUUGGUAUGUAUGGAUAUAAUUUGAGGCCAGUGUUUAACGGCAUAA